AUGCUGGCUAGUCGCAUCUGUCUGCGGACGGCACACCGCCCAUGCGCUGCGCCCAUCGUGCCAAUCGCCCUGUCUACCGCAACCCGUAUCCACUCCCUAAGAUACGCUCGACGAGUAUUUGCGACCACUCCCCUGCACAGAAAAUCCGAUGCCCGGAUACCAGUCGGCCAACAAGAUGCCGCCGAGGCCAAACACUCCCCCGGAGAGCUCGUCAAGCCGGAGAGCGCGAAGAAGGAGCAGCCUGCACAGCCUGCGACGCCCUCGCAUGCCACGAUACUUGCCGAACAAGCCAUCUCCAAGAAAGAGCAGCGGGCGAUAGACUGGGGCAUCAUCAAGAACAUGGUGCAAUACAUCUGGCCCAAAGACCACUUUGGAACGCGCUUCCGAGUCGGCUUGAGCGUUGGGCUCUUGAUAGGCGCAAAGAUCCUCAAUGUUCAAGUCCCCUUCUACUUCAAGAACAUCGUGGACUCGAUGAACAUCGACUGGGCCACCACCUCCUCCACCGUCGUCACCGUGGCCGGCGUUUCCAUCUUUGCCUACGGGGCCACUCGCAUUGGAGCUACGCUGUUCCAUGAGUUCCGCAAUGCCAUCUUUGCCAGCGUGGCGCAAAACGCCAUCCGCCGGGUUGCCAGCAGCGUCUUUGAUCAUCUCCUCAAGUUGGACCUGAACUUCCACCUGACCCGACAGACUGGUGGCCUGACUCGAGCAAUCGAUCGAGGCACCAAGGGGAUUAGUUUUCUCCUCACCAGCAUGGUCUUCCACAUCAUCCCCACCGCUUUCGAGAUCAGUCUGGUGUGCGGCAUCCUCACUUGGCAAUACGGCUGGGAGUUCGCGGCCAUCACCGCCGCCACCAUGGCUGCGUAUUCUUGGUUCACCAUCUCCACCACCGCCUGGCGGACAAAGUUCCGAAGGCAAGCGAACGCCGCAGACAACAAAGGCGCCACUGUUGCCGUCGACUCGCUGAUCAACUACGAGGCUGUCAAGUACUUCAACAACGAAGCCUUUGAAAGCAAGCGCUAUGACGCGGCCCUCCAGAGCUACCAAAAGGCUUCGAUCAAAGUCGCCACGUCGCUGGCAUACCUCAACACCGGCCAGAACCUCAUCUUCAGCACCGCCUUGACCGGCAUGAUGUACCUCGCCGCGCAAGGCGUAGCCAAAGGCAACCUCACCGUCGGAGACCUCGUCAUGGUCAACCAGCUCGUCUUCCAACUCUCCGUGCCCCUCAACUUCCUCGGCUCCGUCUACCGCGAGCUCCGCCAAAGCCUCCUCGACAUGGAAGCGCUGUUCAACCUGCAAACAGUCAACGUGGCCAUCAAAGAGAAGCCCGACGCGCAGCCCCUCCUCCUCAACAAAGGCGGCGAAAUCCGCUUCGAAAACGUCUCCUUCGGCUACCGCCCGGACCGCCCCAUCCUCCAGAACCUCACCCUCACCAUUCCCGCCGGCAAAAAAGUGGCGAUUGUCGGGCCCUCGGGCUGCGGGAAAUCCACCAUCCUACGCCUCCUCUUCCGCUUCUACGAUGUGCAGGAAGGCCGCAUCACCAUCGACGGGCAGGAUAUCCGCGAUGUGCAGCUCGACUCGCUGCGCAGAACCAUCGGCGUCGUGCCGCAGGAUACGCCGCUGUUCAACGACACCAUCGCCCACAACAUCCAAUACGGCGACAUGGAUGCGCCUUUCGAAGCCGUCACCGCCGCUGCCAAACGGGCUAGGAUCCACGACAUCAUCGAGCGCCUGCCCGACGGGUAUCAGACGAUGGUCGGCGAGCGCGGCAUGAUGAUUUCCGGGGGCGAGAAGCAGCGCCUCGCCGUUUCGCGGCUGGUGCUCAAAGACCCGCCCCUCCUCUUCUUCGACGAGGCCACUUCGGCCCUCGAUACGCAUACCGAGCAGGCGCUGCUCGGCAAUAUCAACGGCAUUAUCCGCGAGAAGGCGCGCACGAGCGUGUUUGUCGCGCAUCGGCUGCGCACCAUCUUCGACUCGGAUGUGAUUAUUGUGCUGAAGGAUGGGCGGGUGGCGGAGCAGGGGACGCAUGAGAAGUUGGUGGACAGCGAUGGGAUUUACGCGGAGCUGUGGAGUGCGCAGGAAAUGCUGUUUGUGGAGGAGGGGGCGGAGGCGAAGGCUUUGAAGUGA